GUUGCCUUUGUCAUCCUCUGGAAUGCAUCAGCUCUUCUGACUUCACUGUGCAAAAGUCAACAGGCAGCUCGAUGUGGACUUCCACACUUUACAAUGCGUAUUCAUUUAUAGCAGAUCAGGUUUGAGUUCAGCUUUUUUUGAAGUUGAUUUUCCCCCAAUUCUCCUUCGCAGUUUUCCUGUGUAUCCAGCAGUACCUGAGGCUGAGAGUCAAGUCUGUCCUUCGUCGGCAAAUCUCCUGCUCAGGAGACAAGCUUUGGCUCCACUGCGGGUACAAAAGCCAACUUUCUGCCUUCCGCUGCCCGCUGGACUUGGACUGUUGGAUAUGCCGGACUGUCACCGUGAGAAGCGGCCGCUGCAGUUGGCCGUGGCUCUGCUGGCCCUGCUGUGGCUCAGCGCCGCGCCUGCAGGGGCGUCAGAGGAGCUGGAUGUCGCCGACAGCGAGGUGGUGACCCGACAACCGGACAGCAAAGCCGGGAGAGCCAAGAGGAGAGGGACCGAUGUCCUGAGAGGGCCAAAUGUAUGUGGAUCAAGAAACAACGCCUACUGCUGCCCAGGCUGGAAGACUCUGACUGGAGGGAACCAGUGCAUCGUUCCGAUUUGCCGGAGUUCCUGUGGAGAUGGUUUCUGUUCCAGACCCAACAUGUGCACCUGCCCCAAUGGCCAGGUUGCCCCGUCUUGUGGCUCCAAGUCAGUCCAGAACUGUAAUGUUCGUUGUAUGAAUGGUGGAACCUGCGCUGAGGAUAACUGCCUGUGCCAGAAGGGUUACGUUGGAAAUCACUGCGGUCAACCGGUGUGUGAAAACGGCUGUCAAAACGGAGGCAGGUGUGUGGCUCCAAACCGAUGUGUGUGUCCCUACGGCUUCACCGGCGCCCAGUGUGAACGAGACUAUCGUACUGGACCUUGUUUUGCCUCUGUGAAUAACCAGAUGUGUCAAGGCCAGCUCUCAGGCAUUGCCUGCACCAAGACCAUGUGCUGUGCCACAGUGGGACGGGCGUGGGGUCACCCCUGUGAGAUGUGUCCAGCACAGCCUCACCCCUGCCGACGAGGUUUCAUACCAAAUCACCGCACUGGGGCCUGCCAAGAUGUGGACGAGUGCCAGGCCAUCCCUGGCAUAUGUCAAGGAGGAAACUGUAUCAACACAGUGGGAUCGUUUGAGUGUAAAUGUCCGGCAGGUCACAAGUUCAAUGAGAUCUCACAGUACUGUGAAGAUCUGGACGAGUGUUUGAACAUCCCAGGCAUCUGUGCUGUGGGUGAAUGCUCUAACACAGUUGGAAGCUACUUCUGCAAGUGUCCCCAGGGGUACCAGACCUCAGUGGAUGGAUCCAGAUGCAUAGACGGACGUGUUGGGUACUGCUACGCUAGUGUGCUGAGCGGGCGCUGUGCCAACCAAAACCCACAGCUGAUGACCAAGAGGAAGUGCUGCUGUGAUGUCGGUCGCUGCUGGUCUGAUGCUUCAGCGCCUGAAAUGUGCCCGCUCCGUUCAACAGAAGAGUACCAGAGGUUGUGCUUCCAGCUGCCUGAUAUAAUACUAGGUCGCGUCCCAGGGGGUCCCGACCUUCCCGAAAUUUACCCUGGUCCAUACCCAGGUCAAAUUCCAGGACAAAUUCCUGGCCAGGGACCAGGAGUGAUUCCUGGUCAUAUUCCCAUUCAGGUUCCAGGCCAUGUUCCAGGCCAGGUCCCAGGUCAGGUUCCAGGUCAAAUCCCAGGAACUGUAAUUUGGCCUGGUGGCCCUUCACCAGGUCUUUUUCCCAUCCAAACCCAAAAUAUCACCAACAUGUGCCAGGUCUUCCACAACCUGUGCCUGAACGGCAGGUGUGUCCCCACACCAGGUGUUGGAUAUCGCUGUGAGUGCAACAUGGGAUUCAGGCUGGAUGGACGAGAAGUGUGUACCGAUGAUGACGAGUGUGAGAGGAGCCCCUGUGCUCACGGUGAAUGUGUGAACACCCCUGGGUCCUACGUCUGUCAUUGUCCUCCUGGGUUCCAGUCCACAUCCACCAGGACAGAGUGCAGAGAUCUGGACGAGUGUGUGGCCAACGGACGUAUCUGCAACAACGGCCGCUGUGUCAACACCGUGGGGAGUUUUCACUGCGUCUGCAACGCUGGAUUUGAAAUUUCAUCAGAUGGAAAAAACUGCCAAGACAUGGACGAGUGUCUGAUCAAGAACAUGUGUCUGAACGGACUGUGCAUCAACGAGGACGGCAGCUUCAAAUGCAUCUGUAAACCAGGGUUCCUCCUGGAUUCUGGUGGACGCAUGUGUGUGGACAUCGAUGAGUGUGACACCCCGGGGAUGUGUAUGAACGGCCACUGUGUCAACACAGAAGGAUCUUUUCGCUGUGAAUGUAUGGCUGGGAUGGCCGUGGGCUUGGAUGGACGCAUGUGUGUUGACACACAUAUGCGCAGUACAUGUUAUGGUGGAUACAAGCGAGGACAGUGUGUCAGGCCUUUGUUUGGAGCUGUGACCAAGUCAGAGUGCUGCUGCGCCAGCACAGAGUACGCCUACGGCGAGCCCUGCCAACCCUGCCCACAUCAGAGCUCUGCUGAGUUCCUGGCACUGUGCCCAAAUAGCAUUGGAAAAACUGGUGAUGGCAGAGAUAUUAACGAGUGUGCCCUGGACCCUGACAUCUGUCAGAAUGGAGUGUGUGAGAACAUGCUCAGAUCUUACAAAUGCUCCUGCAACCAAGGCUUCGAGGUCGACCUGUCGGGCAAAAACUGCAUCGACAUCGAUGAGUGUGUGAUGAACCGACUUCUCUGUGAUAACGGCCUGUGUCGGAACACGCCCGGCAGUUUCACCUGUCAGUGUCCGAAAGGAUUCCAGUUCGACCCGGCGUCUGACAUCUGCGAGGAUGUGAAUGAGUGUGAGUCCAGCCCCUGCAUCAACGGAGAUUGUAAGAAUAGCCCUGGGUCAUUCCUGUGUUUGUGUUCAAUGGGCAGUUCACUGGACAGCUCUGGCCUGGAGUGUAUAGAGACGACUAAGAGUACCUGCUGGCUGAAAAUCAUCAACGGCCGCUGUGAGGUCAACAUCAAUGGUGCAACCCUGAAGUCCCACUGCUGUGCUACCCUGGGGGAGGCCUGGAACAGCCCCUGUUCCAAAUGUGAAAAAGAUCCAAUCUGUAGCAAAGGCUUUGCCAGAGUGAAAGGAAACGUCUGCGAAGAUGUGGACGAAUGUCAAGUGUUUCCUGGCGUUUGUAUCAACGGCAAAUGCAUCAACACACCAGGCUCCUUCUACUGCCAGUGCCCUUCAGGAAUGACUGUUGAUCUCAGUGGCAGGAUGUGCAUCGACCUGCGUACGGAGCACUGCUACCUCACACAUGAUGACGACCGCUGUGGGACUCCCAUCCCAGGGAAGCACCGUGUGGAUGCCUGCUGCUGCUCAGUGGGCGUGGCCUGGGGCCCUGAGUGUGACGAAUGUCCAGAAGCGGGAAGUCCCGACUAUACCCAGCUGUGUCCUCGGGGUCCAGGCUUCUCUCAUAGAGGGGACUUCAUUAACGGCAGACCCUUCCUUAAAGACAUCAAUGAAUGCAGGAUGAUAAACUCCCUCUGCUCCCACGGGAGGUGCAGAAACACCAUCGGAAGUUUCCGCUGUCGCUGUGACAAUGGCUUCGCCCUGGACUCUGAUGAGCGCAAUUGUACUGACAUUGACGAGUGCCACAUCUCCCCCGACCUGUGUGGACAGGGCACGUGUGUGAACACGCCGGGAGACUUUGAGUGCGAGUGCUUCGAGGGUUACGAGAGUGGAUUCAUGAUGAUGAAAAACUGCAUGGACAUUGAUGAGUGUGAGCGGAACCCUCUGCUGUGUCGUGGUGGUGACUGUAUAAACACCGAGGGCAGUUUCCAGUGUGUGUGUCCUGAUGGACAUGAGAUCGCUCCGGAUGGUUCCGCCUGUUUGGAUAUCAAUGAAUGUGAGUUAAGCGACCGACUGUGUAAAAACGGCCAGUGUGUCAACAUGAUUGGACGGUACCAGUGCAUCUGCAACACCGGAUACAAAUCCACGGAGAGCAGGGUGGAGUGUGUCGACAUCGACGAGUGCACCAUCGAGAACGGCGGCUGUGAGACCUUCUGUACCAACUCAGACGGGAGUUACGAGUGUAGCUGUCACAGUGGUUACGCCCUGAUGCCAGAUUUGAGGAGCUGCACCGAUAUUGACGAGUGUGAGGAGAACCUGGACAUCUGUGACGGAGGACAGUGCACAAACACCCCCGGGACCUUCCAGUGUCUCUGCUUCGAUGGCUUCAUGUCCUCUGAGGAUAUGAAGACCUGCCUGGAUGUGGAUGAGUGUGAGCUGAACCCAAACAUCUGUCUGAGUGGGAACUGUGAGAACACCAAGGGAUCCUUCAUCUGUCACUGUGAACUGGGAUACUCUGUACGCAAGGGAACAACAGGCUGCACAGAUAUUAAUGAGUGUGAGAUUGGAGCCCACAACUGUGACCCCCAUGCCACCUGCACCAACACAGCUGGGAGCUUCAAAUGCAGCUGUGCUCCAGGCUGGGUCGGAAACGGCCUCAAAUGCACAGAUCUGGACGAGUGUUCCAACGGGACCCACUUGUGUAGCAACAACGCUGACUGUAUGAACACCAUGGGUUCGUACCGCUGCAUGUGCAAAGAAGGGUUCUCUGGAGACGGGUUCUUCUGUACAGAUAGCGACGAGUGUGCGGACAAUGGUAACCUGUGUGAGAACGGCCACUGUCUCAACCUGCCCGGAGGGUUCCGCUGUGAGUGUGACAUGGGCUUCUUCCCCACCCCUGAUGGAAAGGCCUGUGAAGACAUUGAUGAGUGUACCUUCUCUGACAUCUGUGUCAAUGGACGCUGCGUCAACAUACCAGGACUCUUCAGAUGUGAAUGUUCGGCCGGUUAUGAGUUGGACAGAAGUGGAGGCAACUGCACGGACAUCAACGAAUGUCUCGACCCGAUCUUCUGUGUGAAUGGAAUCUGUAUCAACGUCCCUGGAAGUUUCCGCUGCAACUGCCCACCUGACUUUGAACUCAACCCAACCCGGGUGGGCUGUGUAGACACCCGCUCUGGCAGCUGCUUCCUGGACGUUCACUCACGUGGGGAUGCCUCCGAGAGCUUAAGCUGCUCCAAAGAGAUUGGAGUUGGCGUUUCCAAGGCGUCAUGCUGCUGCUCCCUGGGCCAGGGCUGGGGGAAUCCAUGUGAAUCAUGCCCUUAUGUGAACACAACUGAGUACAGGACGCUGUGUCCUGGAGGAGAAGGCUUCAGACCGAACCCCAUCACCGUCAUCGUGGAAGACAUCAAUGAAUGCCUAGACUUGCCGGGCGUCUGCCAGGGUGGUCACUGCAUCAACACGUUUGGCAGCUUCCAGUGUGAAUGUGAUAAAGGAUACUCCCUCAACCAAGAGAGCAGAGUGUGUGAAGACAUCAAUGAGUGUGAACAGCCGGGUAUCUGUGGACCAGGCGUGUGUUACAACACCAUCGGAAACUACACCUGUAUUUGCCCUGUGGACUACAUGCAGGUGAACGGGGGUAACAACUGCAUGGACAUGAGGAAGAGCUACUGUUACAGGAACUUCUACUCCGACAACAGAACAUGUGACGGCGAGCUGACCUUCAACAUGACCCAGAAGAUGUGCUGCUGCUCCUACAACAUUGGCCGCGCUUGGAACAAGCCCUGUGAACAGUGUCCGGUGCCCAGCACUGACGAGUUCACGAACCUGUGCGGCAUUGAGAGGCCAGGAUACUACAUUGACAUCACCACUGGACGUGUCGUCGAGUUCUCGACAGAUAUCGAUGAGUGCAGAGAAAUCCCAGGAAUCUGUGAGAACGGUGUGUGCAUCAAUAUGAUCGGAAGCUUUAGGUGCGAGUGUCCCAUCGGGUUCAUCUACAACGACAAGCUGUUGAUUUGUGAAGAUAUCGAUGAGUGUCAGAAUGGACCUGUGUGUCAGAACAACGCUGCCUGUCUGAACAUGCCAGGAAGCUACAGGUGUGAGUGUAAACCUGGGUAUCGUUUCACUCCCACUGGACAGUGUGUAGACCGGGACGAAUGCUUGGAGAACCCCGGUGUAUGUAAUCCUGGUCAGUGCAUUGACACACUGGGCAGUUAUCGCUGUACUUGCCCCAAUGGCUUCAAACCAACACGGGACCUGUCCAUGUGUGUUGAUGUGGACGAGUGUGAGAGACAGCCCUGUGGCAACGGAACCUGCAAGAACACAGUGGGUUCUUACAACUGUCUCUGCUAUCCUGGUUUCCAGAACUCCGAGAACCGGGAUUGUGUCGAUGUGGAUGAGUGUUUAACACAGAGGGCCCUGUGUCGACAUGGCCAGUGUGUGAACACAGUGGGCAACUUCCUGUGUGUGUGCCUUGAUGGAUAUGAACUAAGUCUAGACGGCAGAAUGUGCACAGAUAUUAAUGAAUGUGCAGUGAACCCAGGAACAUGUGGGGCGGGGACCUGUCUGAACAUGGAUGGGUCCUACAGAUGUAUCUGCCCAGCUGGAUACUAUCUCCAUGAGGAAACCUGUGAAGAUAUUGACGAGUGUUCCCAGUUACCUGAGAUCUGUACAUUUGGAACCUGCUCGAACACAGAGGGAAGUUUCACCUGCAUAUGUCCUGAAGGCUUUCAGAUCUCGUCCUCCGGACUCAGAUGUUUGGAUGUUCGUGUGAACUACUGUUACACCAAAUUUGAUAGCGGCCGCUGUCUAGCACCAAAGCCUCAGAAUACUUCUAAGGCAGAGUGCUGCUGCACUGGAAUACCAGGUCAAGGCUGGGGAGACCCCUGUGAAAUCUGCCCUAUCAAAGGACAAGAGGGCUACACUUCACUGUGUCCUAAAGUAGGAUACGAGCAGGGCAAAGACCAUCCUAAAGAUAUCGAUGAGUGCAUCAAUAACCCCUGUAUCAACGGCCAGUGCAUCAACACUGACGGCUCUUUCCGCUGUGAAUGUCCCAUGGGAUACCGGCUGGACAUUAGUGGGGUCAAAUGUGAAGACACCGAUGAGUGUGACAUUGGAAAUCCUUGUGGCAACGGCACGUGCACUAAUGUCAUCGGUGGGUUCGAGUGUGCAUGUGACGACGGAUUUGAGCCUGGGCCGAUGAUGAGCUGCGAAGACAUCAACGAGUGUGCCCAGAACCCUCUGCUGUGCGCCUUCCGCUGCGUAAACGUGUUUGGAUCAUACGAGUGUAAAUGUCCAACUGGCUACGUGCUGCGUGACGACAAGAGGAUGUGUAAAGACCAGAAUGAGUGUGACGAUGGUUUGGAUGACUGUGCCAGCAGAGGCAUGAGCUGCAAGAACCUGAUCGGUACCUACAUGUGUAUUUGUCCACUGGGAUACACACGGCAGCCCGGCGGAGACAGUUGUACCGACUUCAACGAGUGCACAGCCAAACCAGGCAUCUGUAAGAACGGCCGCUGUGAGAACACCCUGGGAAGCUUCCGCUGCAAAUGUGACCAAGGUUUCGUGGCCAACCCCACGCAGACUGAAUGCAUCGAUAACCGUGAAGGCUUCUGCUUCACUGAGGUCCUGACCACCCUGUGUCAGAUGAGUUCCAGUAACAGGAACAUGGUGACCAAGUCGGAGUGCUGCUGCGAUGGAGGCAGAGGCUGGGGCAACAACUGUGAGCUCUGCCCCCUGCCUGGGACCACCCACUAUAAGAAGAUGUGUCCUCUUGGACCCGGCUACACCACUGACGGCAGAGACAUCGAUGAGUGUCGUGUGAUGGGGAACCUGUGCGACAACGGUCAGUGUCUGAACACCCUGGGCUCCUACAGCUGCAUCUGUAAACCCGGCUACACCCUGGACAUCACCAGCACACAGUGUGUGGAUGUGGACGAGUGCGCCCAGGCACCAAAGCCUUGUAACUUCAUCUGUAAAAACACAGACGGAGGAUACCAGUGCUCCUGCCCCCGAGGGUACAUCCUGCAGGAAGAUGGAAAGAGCUGCAAAGAUCUAGACGAGUGCUCCACCAAGCAGCAUAACUGUCAGUUCCUAUGUGUCAACACCAUCGGUGGCUUCACCUGCAAAUGUCCUGCCGGCUUCAUCCAACAUCACAGCGCCUGCAUCGACAACAAUGAAUGUGCCAACGACCCCAACCUGUGCGGCACCAACGGCGUCUGCCAGAACACUCCAGGGAGCUUCAACUGUGACUGCCAGAGAGGGUUCUCCUUAGAUCCUAACGGACAAAGCUGUGAAGAUAUGGACGAGUGUGACGGGAACCACAGGUGUCAGCACGGCUGUCAGAACCUGGUGGGUGGGUACCGAUGCAGCUGUCCACAGGGCUACCUGCAGCACUACCAGUGGAACCAGUGUGUGGAUGACAAUGAGUGUAUGAACAGCCAGAUCUGUGGGGGGGCGGCGUGCCACAACACGCUGGGAAGUUUCCGCUGCCUGUGUCCCACCGGCUUCAACUACGAGCAGGGCGGCGGGGGCUGCAUGGACGUCAACGAGUGCUCCACCACCCAGAACCCCUGCAAGUUUGGCUGCUCCAACACAGACGGGGGCUACCUGUGUGGAUGCCCCGCCGGGUACUUCCGCGCAGGACAAGGACACUGUGUCACAGGUCUGGGCUUCAGCAGUGGCAGCAGUGACAUCAGUGAAGGACAGAUGGGGGAGGACGACGAGAACUCUCUGUCUCCUGACACCUGCUACGAGUGUAAGAUCAACGGCUAUCCCAAGAACGGACGCAAGCGCCGCAGCACCAACUCCACGCACGAGGAAUCUGUUGCAGAGCUGCAGCAGUCUCAGCAGACCGUCAGCCUGGCCAGCAUGGACAUCGACGACACGCUGCAGCUCCACCUGAACAUCAGCAGCCUCAGUAACCGCCGUCACAUCCUGGAGUUCACCCCGGCCUUGACCACGCUCAACGACCACGUGCGCUACAGCAUCGACUACGGCAACGAGGAGGGCUAUUUCAAGAUCAACCAGAGAGAAGGGGUCAGCUACCUGCAUCUGAGCAAGAAAAAACACCUGCCACCGGGGGCGUACUCCCUGCAGAUCAGCAGCGUGCCCCUGUACAAGAAGAAGGACCUGGCUGAGCUCGAGGACCAGCACGAUAAAGACUACCUCACUGGACAGCUGGGGGACGUACUGAAGAUGAGGGUGCAGAUCGUCCUGCACUAACCAUCAGCAGACUGAGACAGGCAGGCGUUGCCCACGGCAGCUAAUCCAGGUCAGGUUCAAACUCGCGACAAACAAACAGCCAAUGAGAUCUGAGUCUGGAUCAGUGGUUGGAGGCAACUUCUACUGUGACAACAGGGAGAGGGAGGCGGGGCUCACUACCAAA